AUGGAAUCAAAGCCGAGGAAUAAUGCUCCUGCGGGACAUGAAUAUGAAGUCUUUGAGCCAUCAAUGGAAUGGGCACAAGAGCCAGGAGCUGACACUCUGCGAGUCUAUUUACCAGGCUUCAAGAGAGAGCAGCUAAAAGUUCAAGUAACCUCAUCGCGUGUUCUAAGGAUCAGCGGAGAACGCCCACUCAAUGAGAAUAAGUGGAGCAGUUUCCGAAAGGAGAUUCCAAUUUCAUUAAAUUAUGACCUUAAUGAGAUCACUGCAAGAUAUGAUAAGGGAAUCCUUUCUGUCAAGCACCCUAAACUAAUUGUUCCUGAUGCUGCUGAGCCAAGGGAACAAGAGCUGCCGCCAGUGGAAGCAUCAAAGCCUGAUCAGAAGCCACCACAGGAAAAAGUGCAGCCAUCCUCAGAAUCAGCUCCCAAGCCUGAAAAACAACCACAGGAAACGUUGGAGCCAGUGGUUGGCAUGGAGAAAGGAAGAGGUAGCAAGAUUGAAGGAGUAGCAAAUGCAAAUGAUAAUGCUUCACCAAAGACACCAAGGAAGGAGGAACAGUCACCGAGAUAUGAAUGGAAAGAGAGGAGCAGUGAUAAUGGGAAAGCUGAAGCAAAGGGAAUUGCCACAACAAGCGAAAGUGCUGAACCUGAAAAUCUUGAUGAUUCUACCCUUUAUUGUACAAAGAUGGACAAAGAUAAAGCAGCAACAGGACUCCUAAGUGGAACUGAGAAACUCAGAAUGGUAAAUUACAAGAAGGCUUUUGAGGGUUUUGCCACGGACAUGAAGAAGCCAAGAAAAUUGAGGCUGCACUAUCAGCGUUUCUCUAAUUUCAUGGAUUGGAAGGAUUGUGAAGGGCAAAUGGUCCAGUACAUGGAACAAGGAGGCACUCUCAGAAAUUUUCCACUAUCAGGACCUGAAAAAACGCACGAGGUUACCAACUCUCUACACAUCCAAAGCAUAUAUACUCCAGGCCCUUUACAGUUUCCAGAGCCGAAAGAGCCUCUGCAGGCAAAUCCAAAGAAGCUUCAAAGAGAAAAGGAAUAA